UUCUAUAUUUCGAUUUUUAUUUAUUGAUGUGUAGGCGCUUGCUAAAGUCCGAUCAGCAAGUGCUUGAUUCGCGUUCCCCGUCGAGCGUAAGCUGUACUGUUCUAACAGCACGGCAGUAUGGAAGCUAGCCAAACCAAGCUAAACGCCGAAAAUGUAACGCGCUUUUUUUCGGGGCCAGGUUGCUAGCCACAACUCCCGCUGUCCGAUAAGUUUACGGCGAAAAGUCGUGAUGGCGGUCCCACUAUAGCAACACCAGUUGCGGAGCCUCCAGGUAGACUAAGGUCUGCCUAGGGAGUAGCUUAUGGAUUACAGUCGCACUCGGUGGAGGCAUGUAUCCAUCGCCGUUAGAUCAUAGACUGUUCGUGGGUCGAUUCGGCGUUAUGUUUUUCUCGCCGUAGACUGGGUUGGGAGAAUGAGGGUAUAUAUAGCGAGGCGAGUCGGGAGGUUGGGGAGAGGUUUGGAUGGAGAGAGAAUAAGACAAGACAGCUACCGAUAUAAGACUCAGAUAUCUCAACGGCUUUCAAACUCGUUUCGUGGGAACUCGAUACCAGGACAGCAUACUACGAAAUUUCUAAGAUAAAAGCCUUACUACUCACAAGCAUUCUUCAUACUUAUUCAAAUCCAUCAAGAUGACUACUCUCCAAACUAAAGGAACCAUCCUCCUAACCGGCGGAGGUGGAUUCGUCGGUGGGCAAAUCCUCCGCGAGGCCCUUGAAUCUGGAUACUCCGUUCGCAUCACCGCACGAUCCGCUCCCUCGGCUCAACGCACCAUUUCGCAUUUCCCAUCCUACCCCUCCGUCCUAUCUAGUGCCAUCGUGCCGGAUAUCCAAUCAGUGGAGGCGUACGAACCCGCUUUCGCCGACGGCGCCAUCACGCACAUCGUCCACGCAGCUUCACCAUUCGUCCUCACGCCCGAGGAUAACGUACGCGAUCUUCUAAACCCAGCGAUCAAGGGCGCUACAGUGGUGCUAGAAGCCGCACUACGAUACGGCAACGGGAAAGUAAAGCAUGUAGUCGCGACUAGCUCAUUCGCCUCAGUAAUCAAUAUCAGCGAAGGGAUGCGCGUGGGCUACACAUACACCGAAAAGGACUGGAACCCCGUGACAUGGGAACAAGCCGCGACCGCCGACGGCGUGACAGCAUACUGCGCGAGUAAGAAAUUAGCGGAACGCGGUAUGUGGGAUUGGAUGGAGAGUCAUAGGGAUGUCGGUUUCGGACUCACUACGAUAUGUCCCCCUUGGGUGUUUGGUCCGUAUGCUGGGAAAUUGGAAUCGACGAAGAGUUUGAGUGAGUCGGUGCAGUUGCUUAAUAACAUCAUUGAUGCGGAGAAUGUCCCGCCAUUCGAUUUCGGUGGGUAUGCGGAUUCCCGCGAGGUUGCUAGUGCGCAUGUUAGGGCGCUGGAGGUCCCGGGUGCGGCGGGGAGGAGGUUUAUUGUUGGCAGGGAUUAUAGGUAUCAGAUUGUGGUUGAUUUGGCGCAUGAGGCGGUGGAAAAGGGGGAUUUGCCGAAGGAGUUUGGGAAUAGGUUACCGGUGGGGAAGAAGGGUGAGUGGGUGGAUUCGUAUCAUAUUGAUGGUAGCGAGGUUACGAGGGUGUUGGGUGUGCAGUAUCGCGAGUUGAGGGAUACGGUUGUGGAUACGUAUAAGCAGUUGAUUCAGGCGAGGGAGCUUGAGGCGAAGGCUUAGAGAGUGCUUUAUAUGUGUUGUCAAUGGUCAAAUAUGGUAUAGAAUAUCGGUAUAGACUUAUUUUAGGGUUAAGGAGUUAAUAGAGGAUAGAUUGCUAAAAUCAAAAUAUCAUUCCGAGAUACGAGA